GCCUUUCAGUCUUCGCCAUGCGCUGGCACGGCGGCCACGGACGCCUAUAAAACUCGGCUCCCAGCACCACACCAGCACCACCACCCAAGCCUCCACUCACCACUCACUCCUAGUCUUCACUUCCUCUCCUGCACUUCCAUUCCCGAGCUCUUGCAGUCGAGCAUCAGCUAGCCAUGGCUCAGGGAAGCGGCGGCAGUGCGACCGCCGUGCUGGCGCUGGUCCUCCUCUGCGUGCUCCUCCACGGCGAGUUCGCCGAGUCCAAGGUGUACACCGUCGGCUGGGCAGUCAGCUCCGGCGGCUGGCCCAGGGGCAAGCGCUUCCGCGCCGGCGACGUGCUGCUGUUCAAGUACGGGCGUGGGGCGCACAACGUGGUGGCGGUGAACGCGGCGGGGUACAAGUCGUGCAGCGCGGCGAGGGGCAGCAGGACGUACAACUCCGGCAGCGACCGCGUCACGCUCUCCCGCGGCACCAACUACUUCAUCUGCAGCGUCCCCGGUCACUGCCAGGCCGGCAUGAAGAUGGCCGUCACCGCCGCAUGAUCCGCCGGCGCUUAUUAAGUUUGGUUUACUUUCCUUCCUUCGCGUGACUGAAAUUUUACUACAUGAUGCCGCGUCUGGACUCACGAGUUACUCACGAGUUCGUGGGUGUUAGGCCGUCUGGCCGUGAGCAAUAUACUCGUGUGUGUUAUGUGUGCACGUGAGCAAUGUAAUAAUGAGAGCGAUACGGUUGUGUUGUUCCGGUUGUCUAUGCUUUCAUGCUUGUAUUGUACCAGAGUUUUGAGUUACUGUGUGAUACUCAAAUACGGUGCAAAUGUAUGGGAAUUGUUUUUUUUUUCUCCUAAAA